AUGAGCAUUAGUCUCUCUCUUCCCUAUUCUGUUUCAACUUUCACGCCAUGGCUUCAUUCUAUUCCACUCAGCCACACAAAGGAUGUCCCCCACCUUCUCUGCUACGUCGCAGAAACAAGCAGACUGGAAAGAGUGUUUGAAGCCCAUGCUCGUACCUCCCCACAUGCCCACUAUGAUAUCUUGCACCAGGCUCCAGCACCUCGUCUCGUGCCCUCGCGCAAGCACCCUACCCCAAUCAACUGCCAGACCAGGUUUUCACUUCCACUAGGAACUGCAAGAAGCACUAUCACCAUGGCAAGUGUCCUCCUCGCUAUAAGUGGUGUUUUUGUCAGCAUGGGUUCUCCUGUGUCUUACUUCGACUACAUGUCACCUGUUCCCUAUUGUCUACUCUUUAUAUCACUCAUGUUCUCCAUGAUUGCAACAUUGAUGUCUGGCUCGAGCAUGAUAUGUUGGCUGCACACUGAUCGGCACUGGACUCAAGAACAACUCAAGCAAGGCAACUACUUUGUCUUGUCCUACCUGUUGUCGAUAGUCACACCUAUAUUCUUUGUUGCUGUGUCAUCCACGUUUGGCUCGCUACAGUUGUUAAAGGUGGCAUAUAGGAAUGUCCAUGUUUCUGUGACAGUCGAGGCAGAAGCAGCUGUCUUGUUGGAUGUGUAG